GAAGAAGAGGAGCACGUGGGAAUCUUGUAUUCAAGAUGGCGGCGUGCAGUAUUGAAGACGUGCUCGCUAAAGCCGAAAAAGACGAGGCAGAAAAGUUAAAAAGUAUCACAGUACAUAAAGAAUUAGACCUCGAGUUUGAUAUCGGAAACUUGCUGGCGUUGGACAAGAACUCGAUAAACACUCGGGAGUUUAAACAGCAGAAUAAAGACGAGUUUCUUCGCUCACUGGCUCGGGACAACACUCAGCUGCUCAUUAAUGAGAUCUGGAAACAUCCAAGCGAGAAGGUAGAGGAGGUUAUCGUGGUCAAGCUGCCGGACCCCAUCACCCAGUUACCCCGAGAAAAGCCCGCUCCCAAGCCGAGACCCCCGACCAAAUGGGAGCAGUUCGCCAAACUGAAGGGCAUCCAGAAGAAAAAGAAGACUAAUCUGGUGUGGGAUGAAGUGCACAAGGAGUGGAAAAGGCGCUGGGGCUAUAAACGAGCCAAAGAUGACACGAAGGAAUGGCUCAUAGAGGUGCCUGAAAACGCUGAUCCAAAUGAGGACCAGUUCGCCAAAAGGAACAAGGCCAAGAAAGAGCGAGUGGCCAAGAAUGAGUUUAACCGCCUGAAGAACAUCGCCAGGGCGCAGAAGCUGAAAGUCCCCGGCGUGGGACUCGCUCCAAGCAGCCAGCAGUCCAAAGCAGAGCUGGCCAAAGCUGUGAGUGUGGCCAAAACCUCCACAGCUUCAGUGGGGAAGUUCCAGGAGCGACUUCCUAAAGAGAAGCCGCAGAGAAACACAGGCAAGAAGAGACAGUUCCAGCCUCUGAUCGGUGACUUCGCUGGAGAGAAGCAGAAGCACCUGGAGAUGCUCAAAGUGAUGGAGAGCAAGAGACCUCGCCUGGACAUCACCAAAGCAGUGAAUAAGCAGAUGAGGGAGGAAGACAGUGAAGCUUCGGAAAGGAGGAGGGGGAAGAAGGGACGGAGAGGGAACGCGCCUGGAAAAGGGAGACGAAAUGCCCCAAGUGGGAAAGGAAAAGGGAAAGGGAAGGGGGGAGCUUCCAAAGGCAAAGGACGAAAACCUGCAAUGAAGCAGGGCAAACGUUAAAAAAGACUCCUAAAGCUUUAGUGAAAUCUGGGACUUGUAUUUGAACCCCAAACACACCUGAGCCUGUCGAUGAGCAUCACUCAGAAAUAAAGUACUUUUCCUUGUCACUGGGGUGCUGUCAUCCAUCAUACAUCUUUAUUAUGUAUGUUUUACUUGGAAAGAUGCAUCGGUGGUCCUUAAGGAUAAAUGAUGUACUUCUAAAUUAUUUUUAAAGGUGAAAAAUGCAUAUUAAAGGUACAAAAGAUAUCCCUGUGAUGAUACUCCUCCAGAGACAAGUGAAGAUACAGUUUAAUGUUUUUUAUUUCUGAGAAUGUACACACUGAUGAUAAUAUUGCAAUAAUACUUUUCUGAUCAUUUUGUCGGUGUUUUCUGCACUUCUAAGAGAAUAACCAACUCUUGUUGCAGUAACAGAUUUUUUUUUUCAUAUUUUUCCUGUUUUAUGAAUGGAAAAAAAACUGCCCUUUGACGCUUUGUCAGCAAAUCAUACCGUUCUGAAAUAAUGCAAUGUACAUCAAAUAUCGUUAGAACAACUUCAGAUGUAAUGAUGUGAAUAUUUUUGCUCUUUUGUAACUAAAGCUGGAACAGAAUAGAUUUUGGACUGGAACCACCAGAACUAUUACAUGGGACACAUCGCAGCCCUGUCCUGCAUAGUUUAGUGCGUGAUUUAAUCUUAAUUUAUCGCUGUCCAGAUGUUUAGUAGCAUCUGGAUAUUAAAACUAGACGCAGGAAUCUUUCAGCAUGGUUGAUGUUCAAAAACAAGAACCAUGCAUCCCUGCCUGAAAUAUAGAGUUUAGUGUUUGAGAUACUGGGAUAUUGGAUGUACUUUACUUGUCAUGACAUGACUCGAAGUGCCUUGUCUUAUUUUGACGAGUAGCGAUACGUGAUAUGGCAAAAAUAGUUACUUGAAGGUGCCAUUACAAUACUCAGUAUGUAUUACAAAAUUUAGUUUUGCUAACAGAGAACCAACAAAGCACUGUAUCUAUACAGCCAGUGAUUUUUAUUCAAAGUUUACAUUAAAGAUAAAAUAUUUGAAUCAGAAAAAUUGGUAAAUAAUUAAGGGGAAAUAAGGGGGCAAUGUUAUCAGCAAGUGUCAGUGGCAUUUCAAAAGCACUGACAUACGCUCAGAAAAGGUUUGUUUUAAUAUUAAUAUAUUAGAAUACUGAUAUCAUCAUCAUCAUCAUCAUUAUCAUCAUCUUGCCCAGCCACAUUGAUUAGGAUUUUGAAAUGAAAAUCUGAAAAGAUUUAAUUUUUUUUUUUAUUAUUUUUUUGUGUGUUGUCGGCAAUUUAGAAUAUCAGAAUGUAUUCAUAUUUUUUCUAAAAUUACAUGAGAUGUAUAUUAAACUGUUUUAUGCGUCAUACUUGUAAUUGUUAUCCGGCAUGAGAAAACCAGAGGAUGUUUGUUAUUGGUGCUUCAGAUUCUGUCACGUCUGUGAAAACUGAUUUUGCUUUUCACAAAGGUUUUUGAAUAAAUAUAAUGAUAUUAUCGA